AUGGAUAAUAGCUUGCUCUCAAACACAUUACUUUAUUUGUAUGUUUUUAACUAUGGAGGAUUGAUCAAAAUGUAUAAAAUUAAUUUAGCAUUAGGCUCUGUUCAUCCUUAUCAGUUAGAUAAAUAUCUAACAUCAACUACAUAUAAGGAGAUGUAUCCCUUUUAUAUAAUACUGAGGAUCAUUAAUUAUGGAUAUAUUUUUUUAUUUUGCCAUUGCUUAUAGUUUUUGGUUGCAUCAUCCCUUUUUCUUUAUUUUUACUAACUUAUAUUAAAAGAGAUAUACUUUAUAAAAUUAAACUCAGAAAACAUAUAUGCUACCUAUUUAAUGAAUACACUGAUAAUAAUUAUUUUUGGGAAUAGAUUAAAUUAUUAUAAAAGGCAAUAAUAAUUUUAAUAACUACAUAUUUUGAAAAUAAUACACUUUUAAAAACAUCAUUAUUAGGACUUUGUUUACUCUCCUACUAAGUAAUAGCCGUUAAGAAUAAACCUUAUAUUAUUUCAAAAUUUAACAAUCUGGAUUUGUCGUCAGGAUAAAUUUGCUCGAUAACCAUAUUUUUGGCAGCAAUUAAAUAUGAGAGUUAAAACUUGAAUGAAUUUUUUUCGAUAUUCCUAUAAAUUUUCAUACUCAUUUUAUUGGUUCGACUAUGCUACCCGUUUAUAUUAAAUAUUUGUUCAGUUUAUUACAAAAAAUAUAGCUUCUUUAUUUUGACAAAGAUUCACUAAUUUUUGAAAUACUUAAAACUAAAUAAAUAUUGUGUUUAAAGUCUUGAGGAUUAUCUAACAAAAGCGACGGAAAAAAAACAGAAAUUAAAAAGGAAUUUCCUAAAGCUUAAGUAAUUUUUGAUUCCCAAAUCCAAAUCCUAUCAAUCAAAUUAAAGGUUGACAUUAUUUAACAUAUUAGAACUACUGUUAGAAGGAUUUGCCUUAGAUCAACAUCAUCAAGUGGCCAUCAAUUAAUCGAAGGACUUCAAGAAUGA